AUGUAUUCAGGUGGUGCGACCGGCACACACACUCCUCGAUCCUCCCAGAAUCUGAGGCCUCUCAUUCUCACGCAUGGCUCUCUCGAUUACGCCUUCCUGAUACCCACUGCUCUCCAUUUCCAAGCAUCACAGCUGAAAGAUGCCUUCAAUGCUUCUCUCCCCGCACCCACAGACGAAUUGGCACAGGACGAUGAGCCCUCGUCCAACGCCGAGUUGGUCGCUCGUUACAUUGGCUUCAUUGCCGCUGAAGUUGAUGAUGACGAGGAGGCUGCUGGCUUUGUCGAGGUUCUAAAAGUCGUUCUGAAUGAAUUUGAGCGAUCCUUCAUGCAUGCCAACGAUGUCCAUGCUUUGGCUGCCUCUCUCCCUGGAAUCACUGCAAAGAAGCUGGUUGUUGUACAAUGUUAUUAUGCUGGCCGAGCCGCAGUUGCAAGACCGAUCAAACCCCAUGACUCCGCCCUCCUCAGAGCUGCUGAUGACGAGGAAGCCAGCAUCUACACUGUUUUCGGUGGCCAGGGCAACAUUGAGGAAUAUUUCGACGAACUAAGAGAAGUCUACACCACGUACCCAUCUUUCGUCAGAGACUUGGUCGAGUCCUCUGCCGAACUGCUGCAAAGUCUGGCUAGAAGCCCGAAGGCAGAUAAAUUUUACACCAAAGGCCUCGAUAUCCUGGGCUGGUUGGCAGACCCCGAUUCUCAGCCAGACACUGACUAUCUUGUCUCCGCACCCGUCAGCCUGCCGUUGAUCGGCCUGGUCCAGCUUGCACACUACCAAGUCACCUGCAAGGUUCUAGGGAGAACACCAGCUGAUGUCAAUGAGCGCUUCAACGGUACUACUGGCCAUUCCCAGGGCGUGGUCACCGCUGCGGCUAUUGCUACCGCCACGUCAUGGGAAAGCUUCGCCAGAGCCGCCAAGGAAGCCAUCACCAUGCUCUUCUGGAUUGGAAUGCGCAGUCAGCAGGCCUAUCCUCGAACCAGUCUUGCCCCCUCCAUCCUCCAAGACUCGACUGAGGCCGGUGAGGGAAUGCCCACCCCUAUGCUCUCUGUUCGAGACCUCUCCAAGAAGCAACUUCAGGAGCACAUUGAUGCAACCAACGAGCACCUGCCAACCGAUCGUCAUAUUGCCAUCUCUCUGAUCAACAGCGCUCGUAAUUUCGUCGUCACCGGGGCACCAAUUUCUCUGCACGGUCUCAACCUUCGACUCCGCAAAGUCAAGGCUCCAACUGGCUUGGAUCAGAACAGAAUUCCUUAUACCGAACGUAAAGUUCGUUUUGUUAACCGAUUCUUGCCCAUCACCGCUCCCUUCCACAGCCCCCUGUUGACAGAGGCCUACAAACACAUCCUCGAAGAUUUGAGCGACAUCAAGAUUCCAGCUUCUCGAUUGACCAUUCCUGUCUUUGACACAAAUACUGGCGAAGACUUGCGAGCAUCCCAGGACAAGGAUAUUGUUCCUGCUCUUGUGCGUAUGAUCACACAGGAUCCAGUCCACUGGGAACAAGCCACUGUCUUCCCAGGUGCAUCCCACAUCCUCGAUUUUGGUCCUGGUGGUAUCUCGGGCCUCGGCGUGUUGACCAACCGCAACAAGGAUGGCACAGGUGUGCGUGUCAUUCUUGCUGGCGCUAUGGAUGGCACCAACGCCGAGGUUGGCUAUAAACCAGAGCUCUUUGACCGUGAUGAAGAGCACGCCGUCAAGUAUGCAAUCAACUGGGUCAAGGAACACGGCCCCAGGUUGGUCAAGACUUCGGUUGGUCAGAUCUAUGUCGAUACCAAAAUGUCUCGAUUGCUAGGUGUCCCUCCUUUGAUGGUAGCCGGUAUGACUCCCUGCACAGUCCCCUGGGACUUUGUCUCUGCAACCAUGAACGCUGGUUAUCAUAUCGAAUUAGCUGGCGGCGGUUACUACAAUGGCAAGAGUAUGACCGAGGCUCUGACGAAGAUUGAAAAGGCCAUCCCACCUGGACGAGGUAUCACCGUCAAUUUGAUCUAUGUCAACCCUCGUGCAAUGGGUUGGCAAAUCCCUCUCCUAGCUCAGCUCCGAGCUGAUGGUGUUCCCAUCGAGGGCCUGACCAUUGGUGCCGGUGUCCCUUCGAUCGAGGUUGCCCAGGAGUAUAUCGACACUCUUGGCAUCAAGCACAUCGCCUUCAAACCUGGUUCAAUGGAUGCUAUUCAAGCCGUGAUCAACAUCGCAAAGGCCAACCCCACUUUCCCCGUUAUUCUUCAAUGGACCGGUGGUCGUGGUGGUGGUCAUCACUCUUUUGAGGACUUCCAUCAACCCGUCCUACAAAUGUAUGGUCGUAUUCGAAAGUGCCAAAACAUCAUUCUCGUGGCAGGAAGUGGCUUCGGGGGCUCCGAGGAUACAUACCCAUAUCUUACAGGCACCUGGGCUGGCAAAUUUGGAUAUCCUCCAAUGCCCUUCGAUGGCGUGCUUUUCGGUAGUCGCAUGAUGACGGCUAAAGAGGCUUACACCUCCACCAACGCCAAGAAGGCCAUUGUAGAAGCCGAAGGCGCUGAUGACAGCCAAUGGGAGAAAACCUACAAAGGUCCUACUGGAGGCGUCAUCACCGUGAGAUCGGAGAUGGGUGAGCCAAUCCACAAGUUGGCUACUCGAGGUGUCAAGUUCUGGGCAGAAAUGGAUCAGAAGAUUUUCAGCUUGGACAAGAAGAAGCGUGUUGCUGAGCUUAAGAAGCAACGUGAGCACAUCAUCAAGAAGUUGAACGAUGACUUCCAGAAGGUUUGGUUCGGCCGCAACUUUGCUGGCGAGACCGUUGACCUUGAAGACAUGACUUAUGCCGAGGUGGUUCGCCGCAUGGUUGACCUCAUGUACAUCAAGCAUCAAUCUCGUUGGAUUGAGGUCUCUCUCCGAAACCUUACAGUCGACUUCAUUCGCCGUGUGGAGGAACGCUUCACCACUGGUGCUGGCAAGCCAUCUCUGAUCCAGAGCUAUGCGGAGUUCGAGAAUCCUUUUGAACCACUCGAAAAGGUUCUUGCGGCAUAUCCCGAGGCAGAGAGCCAGUUGAUCAAUGCACAAGACGUUCAGCAUUUCUUGCUGUUGUGCCAGCGUCGUGGUCAGAAACCUGUUCCCUUUGUACCAUCGCUGGAUGAUAACUUUGAAUUCUGGUUCAAGAAGGAUUCUCUGUGGCAAUCUGAGGAUUUGGACGCCGUGGUUGAUCAGGAUGUUGGUCGAACCUGCAUUCUCCAAGGACCCAUGGCUGCUAAGUAUUCAACCAAGAUUGAUGAGCCUGUCAAAGACAUCUUGGAUGGCAUUACCAACGACCACAUCCAAGGCCUUGUCAACGAUGUCUACGGCGGCCGGGAAUCCUCUGUUCCCGUUGUUGAAUAUUUCGGUGGCAAGAUCAUCAGCUCUCCUGAGAGCGUGACCGAGCUCGAUGGCGUUACAGUUAUUCCCGAUGGCAGUCGGAUUACGUACCGCCUGUCUUCCUCGCCUUCGGCAACCUUGCCUAGCAUUGAUGACUGGAUUCAGUUACUCGCUGGCAAGAGUUACUCGUGGAGGCAUGCCUUGUUUACCACCGAUGUGUUUGUCCAGGGUGCUCGAUACCAGAACAACCCUUUGAAACGCAUUUUGGCUCCUACCCGUGGUCUGACUGUUGAGAUUGCACACCCUAAAGACCCCAGUAAGACCAGCAUCGUUGUCAAAGAGCCGUCUCAAUCUGGCAAGGCUGUCAAGACACUAGAUAUCAAUCUCGUUGGCAAGAAUGAAAUCCUCAUGAACAUGUGGGAAGAACGCACAGCCGAAGGUGGAGCGGUAGCAUUGCCAUUCAAGUUCGUCUACCAUCCUGAAACGGGCUAUGCGCCAAUCCACGAGGUGAUGGAAGGACGCAAUGAUCGCAUCAAGGAAUUCUACUACCGAAUCUGGUUUGGUGAGAAGGACGUACCGUUUGACACUCCGACCACGAACAAAUUCGACGGUGGCAAGGCAACAGUCGUCACCCAGGACAUUGCUGAUUUCGUCCACGCAGUUGGUAACACUGGUGAAGCAUUCGUUGACCGCCCUGGUAAGGAAGUCUUUGCGCCCAUGGAUUUCGCCAUUGUAGUAGGCUGGAAAGCCAUCACCAAACCCAUCUUCCCCCGUGCCAUUGAUGGCGAUUUGCUCAAGCUUGUGCAUCUCUCCAACGGAUUCCGCAUGCUUCCUGGCGCUGAGCCCUUGAAGGUUGGCGACGAGCUUCAUACCUCUGCUCGAAUCAAUGCCGUCAUCAACCAAGAAGCCGGAAAGAUGGUCGAAGUCUGCGGUACCAUCACCCGUGACGGUAAGCCCGUCAUGGAAGUGACAAGUCAAUUUCUGUACCGUGGAAACUACACCGAUUACGAGAACACCUUCCAACGCAAGGAUGAGACACCUGUUCAGAUCACUCUUUCGUCUUCGAAGGAUGUGGCUGUUCUCCGAUCCAAGGAAUGGUUCCAACUCGACGAGCCGGAUAUUGACCUGCUUGGCCAGACGUUGACCUUCCGCCUGUCGAGUUUGGUUCGAUUCAAGAACAGGAAUGUCUUCCAGAGCGUCGAAACCGUGGGCCAAGUUCUCUUGGAAUUGCCUACCAAAGAGAUAAUCCAAGUCGCUUCGGUUGAAUACGACGCUGGUGUUUCUCAUGGCAACCCUGUUGUUGACUAUCUGCAGCGACAUGGCCAAACAAUUGAGCAGCCAGUGAACUUCGAGAACGCCAUCCCUCUCAGCGGCAAAACGCCACUGUCUCUGAAGGCGCCAGCCUCCAACGAGACAUAUGCCCGUGUUUCCGGUGACUACAACCCCAUUCACGUGUCUCGCAUUUUUGCUAGCUAUGCCAAUCUACCCGGCACCAUCACGCACGGUAUGUACUCGAGUGCAGCCGUUCGAAGCCUUGUGGAGACAUGGGCCGCGGAGAACAACAUCGGUCGUGUUCGCAGCUACCAUGUAUCUCUCGUUGGUAUGGUUCUGCCCAAUGAUGAUCUCGAAGUCAAACUCGAGCACGUGGGUAUGGUUGCUGGUCGCAAGAUUAUCAAGAUUGAAACGAGCAACAAGGAGACUGGCGACAAAGUCCUUCUUGCCGAGGCGGAAGUUGAACAGCCUGUCUCGUCCUAUGUCUUCACUGGGCAAGGAUCUCAAGAACAGGGUAUGGGCAUGGACCUGUAUGGGCGCAGCGAGGUUGCGAAGGAGGUUUGGGACCGAGCUGAUCGUCACUUCAUGGAUAAUUAUGGCCUUUCCAUCAUUAAUAUUGUGAAGAACAACCCCAAGGAGCUGACGAUUCACUUUGGUGGGCCUCGCGGCAAGGCCAUCCGUCAGAACUACAUGGCAAUGACGUUUGAAACGAUCAACGCGGACGGGUCUGUCAAGUCUGAGAAGAUUUUUAAGGAAAUCGAUGAGAACACGACUUCUUACACGUACCGAUCGCCGACUGGUCUGCUCUCUGCCACCCAAUUCACGCAGCCAGCGUUGACGCUGAUGGAGAAGGCCAGCUUUGAGGAUAUGCGGUCCAAGGGGCUGAUCCAGCGUGACAGCAGCUUUGCGGGUCACUCACUGGGUGAAUACUCGGCACUUGCAUCGAUCGCCGAGGUCAUGCCUAUUGAGAGUUUGGUGUCAGUUGUUUUCUACCGUGGAUUGACCAUGCAAGUUGCCGUGGAGCGUGACGAGCAAGGACGAAGCAACUACUCAAUGUGCGCGGUCAACCCCAGUCGAAUCUCCAAGACUUUCAAUGAACAAGCUCUCCAAUAUGUUGUGGAGAACAUUGCGGAGUCGACAGGGUGGUUGGUGGAGAUUGUCAACUACAAUGUUGCCAACAUGCAGUAUGUGUGCGCGGGUGAUCUUCGAGCUCUGGAUUGCAUGACCAACGUUCUCAAUGUUCUCAAGCUGCAGAAAAUUGACAUUCAGGCCUUGAUGCAAACCAUGUCGUUGGACGAUGUCAAGGCACACUUGAUGGAGAUCAUUGGAGAGUGCCGCAAGAAGACGGAAGCCAAGCCUCAACCGAUUGAACUGGAGCGAGGAUUUGCAGUGAUUCCACUCAAGGGCAUCGAUGUUCCCUUCCACAGCACCUUCUUGCGAUCUGGGGUGAAGCCAUUCCGAUCAUUCUUGUUGAAGAAGAUCAACAAGACGAGCAUUGAUCCCGCCAAGUUGAUUGGCAAGUAUAUCCCGAACGUGACGGCCAAACCGUUUGAGAUCACGAAGGAGUAUUUCGAGGAAGUGUACCGUCUCACCAACUCACCACGACUGGCGAAAAUUCUGGAAGACUGGGACAAGUAUGAGAAUGCGGGUGGCUCGGGAAUUCGACGCCUUUCUACAGUGGCAUGA